AUGUCAAAAACUAGAACUGAAGAUUCUGCUACCGACAAGAAAGGUUUGAACGAAUUUGAACAACAUUAUUUCAAUUCGUAUGAUCACUAUGGUAUUCAUGAAGAAAUGUUACAGGACACAGUCAGAACGUUAGCAUACCGUAACGCAAUCUAUCAGAAUAAAGAACUGUUUAGGGGCAAGGUUGUUUUGGAUGUUGGGUGUGGUACUGGUAUCCUUUCUAUGUUUGCAGCUAAAAGUGGAGCUAAACAUGUCAUCGGUGUAGAUAUGUCUAGCAUCAUUGAAAUGGCUCGUAAAAUUGUGGAAACUAAUGGAUUAUCUGAUAAGAUUACUUUACUACGUGGUAAGCUAGAAGAUGUUGAGUUGCCAUUUCCAAAGGUCGACAUCAUUAUAUCUGAAUGGAUGGGCUACUUCUUGUUGUAUGAAUCCAUGUUGGACACCGUUUUGUACGCUCGUGACAAGUAUUUGGUUGAAGGCGGUUUGAUCUUCCCAGACAAGUGCUCAAUUCACAUUGCAGGUCUUGAAGACGCUCAGUAUAAGGAUGAAAAGAUCAACUACUGGCAAGAUGUUUAUGGGUUUGAUUACUCGCCCUUUAUGCCUCUUGUUAUGAGAGAGCCAUUGGUAGAUACAGUUGAAAAUGCUGCCGUGAACACCACCAAAUGCAAACUGAUUGAUUUUGACUUAAAUACGGUUACUGUUGCCGACUUAGCUUUCAAGUGUGAUUUUUCUGUGACUGCUAAGAGAACUGAUUUUAUUAAUGGUUUAAUAACCUGGUUCGACAUAGAGUUCCCAUCUGCUGAGGGAAUUAAGCCUAUAACGUUCUCUACUGGUCCUCAUUCUGCUUAUACUCAUUGGAAACAAACUGUCUUCUACUUGUCCGAUGACUUGGAAGCUGAGUCAGGCGACAUUUUGGAGGGCAAAUUGGUAUGUACUCCAAACAAGUUGAAUGGGAGAGAUCUGGAUAUUAAGAUUUCAUACAAUUUCAAGGCAUAUGGACCAGAUGCUGACAUUAGAUCCAAGAGGAACGAGAACACCUAUCUAAUGCAUUGA